AUGGUAGAAGAGCGAAUGAAAUGUAAAUUUCAUGUUCUGACCUCCACUACUUCGAACUUAGAGUGGAUGAAAUCUCUGGGUAUAAAAAGCGGGUUGAUAUGUCAAAAAAUUCGAUCGUAUGCUCCCGCUGGCGGGAAGCAAAUUGCCACUACCCCAGUUCGCUGUAUGGUUGCGUCUAAAAAUAUUGUGAGAGGUGAACGUAUUUGUGUAGUGCCACCGCAGUGCGUCGUGACUGGUGACCGAGCGGACAAUCUUAUUCGAGAAAUAUGUGACCGUGCUCAACAGGCUUCCUUAGCUCUUCCAAAUUAUACCGAGCUGGUAUCUUUGAUUCGGAAUAUAGACAAUGGUGUACCGGAGUUAUUGCUAACGCGUGAUGGUCUCCUCCUUACUCUGUUGUUGUUCCUACUGCGAAGCACGCGUUACGGUAGUCUGCUUCCGCCAGACCAUGCACACCGAGUGUGGGCCCGUCAUUUACCGCCCCAGGCUCCACCCUUAGGCCUGCUUCUCCGUCAGCAUUACGAGGGCAAUCGCGAGCACGUGCCACUGCAGCAUCGACUUGUGAUGAAUAAAGACCUUGUAACAGAGCUUCGUCGCACAUUGGAUGCUAAGGAAGAGGUUGCGAAGCUGAUGGACGCGGCGGUGGAGGCCGACGGCCUUGAAGCGUUGCGUACGCCGCGCAUUGAGGUGGCAGUCACUGAAAAAAUAUUAUCCGAUUUUUAUAACGGCAGGUGUACUGCCUUGACGCGAAGACAACACGAAAUGGCUGUCGCACAUGCGUUGCGUCACGCAAGCAGUGCAUCCUUAAGACAUCUCAUCCACAUGGAAUCUCGGCUGCACAGGGAUCUGGUUCUGCCACUUCUAAAGUCGAUAGACGCACCUGGCCUGACUGAUGAAGAUACUGCCUCUCCAGAAGAUGUGGCGUGCAUGCACUGGGCUCAUUUCAUGAUGCGCUCAAGAAUUGUAAAUAUCUGUUGGCGCCACGGCCCUCAGCAGAUGGCGUUGGUUCCUUUUCUAGAUUGUCUGAAUCACUCACACUCUGGGGCGAACGUCGUGUAUUUCCAGAACCCUUGUGACGGCGCGGUGAUUGUGACCGCCUCCAGGCCUAUCGCUGAGGGUGAAGAGCUGGUCAUGCAAUAUAGUAAUUACGGCCAGCGUGGGUGCCUUUUUGGUGAUACAUCCCCUGCCUGUGAUACUGCCGCAGCGCCAGAGGCCUUAGGUUAUGGAAAGUCCAACCGCGUUUCCCCCAAAACGAAGGCCGUUAUGCAGCACGUUCGUGCUAUUGAGGCAAAGCAGAGGCGAGAGAUGCAAGUGGAUGAGGACACGAACACUACCUUGAGGGAAAAUCACUUGUUCGAUCCUGAUCAGAGCAGGCGUAUCGUUGAAAGUGGGCUGCCCCAGGAAAAGUUGGCUCAACAUGAAGCUGUAAUUGAAGCAACUUGGCUCUGGCGCUAUGGAUUUAUUCGCAGUGAUGCCGAAAAAUCAUACGAGGCGUCGCAGAGAUGGAGCAACGGGCUACGGAAUCGCAUCGCCAACCUUACAGACGUGCGACGUAAAGGACGCCCUGGGGAAUUUGUAAUUGGUGUACCAGAAGGUCUAGAAUAUCUACGAUCACAGCGGGAGGCUCUGGAACGGGAGUGGUACCAUAACACACGUAUUUUCCCACCACAACAAGCCUAA